AAAGAAUUGUCUCGAUCGCUCGACUCUCUCAUAGUGUGUGCCAGUGACUUUGCGGGAUGAAGCGCUACGCUCUUGCGUUCUUGUGCCUAGCCGCACUGACGGCGACUGCUAUUUCAUCCAAAGCCGUGACGAGGUAUUAUGCAAUUGGCGAACAAAUAGAAUUAGGACCAGUGAGCGGAUUCGAGCAGUACAAUGAUGAAGUAUACAAAUGCGAACUCGUUACCAACAAUGGUACCAAAUUUACCCUAUAUCCAACUCCCAAAGGAGGAUUCGACAGACGAUUCGAUGUUUAUGAUUACUCUGGAUGUAAAAUCUACAUUCGACAGCCGUCCAAAACCGACCAAGGAACGUGGCAGGUCAUUGCAACAAUACAGAAGAGAAAUAAAAAGACUGCAGAUAUCGUGACGGGUGACUACGAUGUUCAAAUAAGAGAAUCGUACAAAGAAAGGGCAUUAAGCCCCGCCAGGCAAGCUUACGUUUAUCCAGAUCAACAGGUGUCCGUCUACUUUAACGAAAAAUUCGAUGAGCUGACUUCAUGCAUACUUUUAAACCCUUCGCGAGAAAAAUUAGAAUUGAAAAGCACCGAAUCCGCAAACAUCAAAUUAGCCAAUGAAUGCGGCUUUAAAAUGAACGUCAAAGAGGUGUACGGUGGUGAAUGGACCCUGAUUGCUGAUCUAAAGAACGGUUCCGCUUACCACGGUGAAUUUAGACUUGUGGUGAAAAACAAAAAGGAUCUCCAGGUUAACGAGACUGUUCACCACUUUAAACGCGGUGAAGAAGCAUUCAUCGACGGAGGGCGCAGAGUCGAUCAGGCAAAGAUGUGCAUCUUGGAGGAUCCACACGGUGUACGAUAUCCGAUCAACACUGGCUCUUGCAGUCUCCACAUUCCAAUUGUGACAGAGCAUCACGAAGGUAUCUGGAAAGCUUACUACGGACUCGAAGGCAUGGAGUAUCUCGUCGAACAGAAGAUCACCGUUAACACUUACGACGAUAUUUCACUCUACAGCAACGUCACCAGAUCAAAUGGAGAUAUCAAUUUGCUCUGUCAAGUUCGCACUUCCUUGAUUAAAUUCUGCAGCUUCGUCAGACCUGAUGGCGAAAUACUGCACAUGAGCUUUGCCGUUGGAAAUGAAAAGUAUAGCUACUACGGAAACGGUGUGCACAACCGUGAUAAUUACAUGACGGACUGCGGUAUCACGAUUCACAAACCAACAUCUGCCGACUAUGGCUCGUGGAAAUGUUUAGUCAGAAUCAGCUUUUCGGAAACAUUGGGAACGAUUUUGAAAGUAACCAAGCCUGCAAGGAGUAGCGCCGAAGCGAAAUCAGUCGUCAAGGCUAACGACGUUUAUGCCAAGUCUGGCGCUUCUUACGACGUUAAGUGCAGCGCCGACGAGGUUCUGAGUUACUGCUGGCUGCGCAGUCCCAACGGUACCGUCCACAACGUGAAGAUGGGCAAGGUUGUUCAGCAGCCAGCUCUCCAAUACGUCGGCAACGGACUUGAGCUGGGCGACUGUACGGCUCGCGUUCAAGACGCGACCAAGUCUGACGCCGGAAAGUGGACUUGCCAUAUGGGAGUCGCCAACGGCCCUGAAUUAGAGGUUGACUUCAAAGUCACGCUUAAAGAGAGCUACCUGAUGGCGGCACGAGAUGUGGUGUAUUUGGAGAAGAGCGAUACCGACCUCAUUUGCCGGCCACUGCCCGAAUCUAACAUGAUCAUCGAAGCCUGCCGAUGGGUUAAUCCCCAGGGACAUGGUAUCAAUGUCUAUCGUCAGGGACGUUACUUCACCGAGUCCGCAAGCACGCACUGCAGACUGACCAUCCGCGUGGUCGACUUCGAGGAGGAUGUAGGCGAGUGGUCCUGCCACGCUAGCUUUUCGGGAAAAGAAGGCAGCCAAGAGGAAGGUAGUGCCAGCAUGAUCGUGAGCUACAGGAGUGUGGGAAUCGGAAGCUUCCUCUCAAUCGGACUCUUCGUCAGCCUCCUCGUCUUCACGUUAGUCGGCCUCUUUAUCCUAUUCGUGUACAAACGCCGGCUCGCCGCUAGACGUUCCGACGAGAAGAUCAUCCUUCAAGGCGAGAAACCCCCCAAGUACCCCUGAAUACACAGGGUCAAUUUUAAUUGAUGCAGAGUUCGUUACGUUGUAAGGCUUCUUCAAUUGUUGUAUAUUGCGUAUAACACAAAGUUCGAAAGAAUAAAAUUUAAAAGAAUAUAUACUAUUAUAUGUUUGUCACUUAUAAGAUAUACUAUUAAAACAUCGUUGAUGUUUUUACGCGGUUCAAAAUUUUGGAAUUGUUAAUCAAGAAACGUCAAUUGUAUGUUAUAAAAGGACUCUUUGUCCAAAUGACGCUGUAAUUGUAAUACAGUUUUAAUUCUUUAUAGAUGUUCAAUAAAAAUUAGAAGAUGCACGACGUUCUUAUUUAUUAUUUUUAGAAUAAUUACAAAAAAGUUCAAUAAACAAGCGUUAAUGAUUGUAACUAAAUGAAAUGCAGUUUUUGUAAAUUAUCGAUUUUAAAUGUUCUGUUUAAAAUUUUUCGUAAGCAUAUAGCGGAGUGUAAUCUCUAUGAAGCAGUAAGAAUAUACCCUAAGUUAUACAUUUAUUUAAUAAAACCUAAAAUACAA